UAUCGCGAAUCUUCCUUCUAUAUCUUGUAUGGCGGACUAGCUGAACCAGCCAAAUGAGCGCGAAUCAAUCGCGAAUUGUAGCUUGGACGUAUUAGGAGUAAUUCUUGGAUCGCAGUAACAAGUACCGUCAUGAAGAUUUUGGUGGUGAUUUUUGGCGCGUUGGCGCUGACCUUGGCCGUGCAGGGUCGACCCGUAUGCGAGGAGUGCGAUGAGAUACCGGUUGUUGUUGUCGGUGAAGAUCGUCAGAAGCAAAACAUAAUCGAUGCCCCCGUGGUUUGUCCUCCAGGACAAAAGCCGGACCAUAAAGGCAAGUGCCGUGAUGUUUGGGCUAAAAUUAUGCCGGUUGAAUGGUUCGAUGAAGAGUCGGUUGCUAAACCUAAAAACAUAAUCGAUGCACCAGUGGUUUGUCCCCCGGGCCAGAAACCUGACCACAAGGGCAAAUGUCGUGAUGUUUGGACCAGAAGGGCACCACAGGAAGAGUUUGAGGAAGAAUCCGACGUUGACCAAAGCAACAUUAUCGACGGACCGGUGGUUUGUCCCCCGGGCCAGAAGCCGGACCACAACGGGAAGUGCCGUGACGUUUGGAGCAAAGUUGCGCCGGCUAGUCAUUAGUAGAUAAAAGGAAACACACUUUCUUCUUAUCUGAACUACUUGAGACAAAACAACGCUUUCUCACGUGCCAAUCCCGAUGGACCCAGGUUCUUAUCAAAAUCCAAUAAACGAGACUCGGACUAUUUAAGGGGGGCAAUUUCGCCGGAACUAUCUUUUCCAUAUCACAGCCAUAAAGGAUGAAGUUCUCGGUGAAGGUCGUACUGUUGGCGGUGGUGUUGGUGCUGAACGUCGGAUUCUGCCGGGCAGGUCCGGUGCAGUCUGUUCCGGGAAGUGUGGCUGGAUCGGUGGCUAAACCUGCUGCGGUUCCGAGAAGCAACUUUGUGGUUAUACCAUCGCGGAGCAUCUUUGUGGCCCCGAUUGUGUGUCCCGAGGGGCAGAAAGCUGAUCGCAACGGAAAAUGUCGUGAUGUUUGGUGAUGAUGAUGGAGUUUCUAUGGGAAAAAGAUAAUCAUUUUAGAAUAAAAUUUGAAUAAAACCUCAA